AUUGGCUAAAAUUGAUAUUAUAUACUUGUAUCACCAUACUUCUUUACUAAUUACUAAUACUAAAAACGUAAUAAUAUUUUGGUCAAUAAUGCAUAGUGUAUCAUUUUUGAUACAUACCUUUUAUUAAUAAAAAAAACAUGAAAAUAUUCAUUUUUAUUUUUUUUUCUAUUUUUCCAUGAAAAUACACUUAACCCUCAAUACAAUAUAUUUAUUUCAUUGAAAUCACAAAAAUCAUGCAUUUAAGGGUUAAAAAAGAAAAAAAAUUUUAUCACAAUGUUCUAAAACGGGUUAUUGCAGUGAUAAAAUUUUUAAGUAUCAGGGGCCUACCAUUUAGAGGUUCCGAGGAAGAAUUUGGUUCUCCGCAUAAUAGCAAUUUUGUGGGUGCUCUAGAGCUAUUAGCAGAGUUUGAUCCAUUCAUUCGUGAACACAUUGAACAGCGAGAGCUACGCCCAAAACCGAUAAUAUCGUUACUUAUCGAAAACAGUAUACGAAGAAAUAAUCGAGAUUAUGGGCCGACAUAUAAUUAAACAAAUUAUAACUCAAAUAAAUAACGACGACACAAAGUAUUAUUCAAUCGUUAUGGAUUCUACUCCAGAUCUGUCUCACAAUGAUCAACUUGCUAUUGUACUACGAUACUGUUUUCGGGUGGAGAGAUUAGUAGAAGAUGCGACCCUCGCUGGGGGCGCGGCGGUGGCAUCCGAGCCAGAUGCACCACCUCGUGGCGACUUUAAAGACCACAUAUAUAUGGAAAAGCUUCAGUGUAUAGAUGACAAGCAUUCUGAGAAAUGCGGUUUAACAGUGAACAAUAUAAAAGCAACUGCGGCGCGCAUAGAAAUGCGAACUGCUAAUAUGGUGAGUCCCGAGCCGGUGUGUGAAGACUGCAAGGAGAAAGUUAUAGAUUGCUAUUGUGUACAAGACGUAGGUGCGAUGAGAUUACGCGAGCGCACACAGAAAGACGCCCUCGAACACGCUCGCCGCUCGCGUCAUGUGGCACAUGCUCGCGAACAUGCUCUAAAGGACUUAAACGUUCCACUUGCAAGAGAAAACAUUCCGUCUUGA